UCUGACUCCUCCCUCAGGCAUAUUAAACUCACGGCUCUACUGAAGGGACUGGAUCUCCCGAGAGCCUUUGGAGCAGUGCCGCAUCUUGACCAGUACACACACCUGACCAGCCGAGCAGGAUGCCUUUCGGUGGAGGAAACCUGUGUGGCUGCUGCCAUAAGGCUGUCUACUUCGCUGAGGAGAUACAGUGUGAGGGGAAGAGUUUCCACAAGUCCUGCUUCCUGUGCAUGGCCUGUAAAAAGAACCUGGACAGCACAACAGUUGCUGUCCAUGGGGAUGAGAUUUACUGCAAGUCCUGCUAUGGCAAGAAGUAUGGGCCAAAAGGCUACGGCUUUGGUGGUGGAGCAGGAACCCUGAGUAUGGAUACCGGUGAACACCUGGGAAUCAGACCAGAAGGGCAAACUGCUCAUCGCCCCACCAACAACCCCAACGCCUCCAAGUUUGCCCAGAAGUUCGGCAGCUCAGAUGUUUGUCCUCGCUGCGGGACGGCUGUGUAUGCGGCAGAGAAGGUCGUGGGGGGAGGAAACUCCUGGCAUAAGAGCUGCUUCAGGUGUGCUAAGUGUGGUAAAGGCCUGGAGUCAACAACACUGGCGGACAAAGAUGGAGAAAUCUACUGUAAAGCGUGCUAUGCCAAGAAUUUCGGGCCAAAGGGCUUUGGCUUUGGCCAGGGUGCCGGUGCCCUGGCACAUGCCCAGUAGGACCCAUGCCAUGCCAUGCCACUGGUGCCCAUCCCAUGCGGUCGUGUGUUCCUGACCCAGAUGUCUCCCACCCUCACCUCACCCCCCAUUGGCCGCAAUCCCACACGCCCUGUGUACACUUCCCAAAGGCUUACACUCCUGAAGGCUUCAAGUCCUGUUUCCUUACAUACACACACACAGACACACACACACACAGACACACACACACACACACACACACACACACACACACACACAGACACACACACACACAGACACACACACAUACACACACAUACACACGUCUAGAACUGGCUCUGCAUCAGAGAGAAAGAACCCAGAUGCAAGACCUCUUCCCCAUCACUAGCAGCAUCUAACUGUGAACUGCAUCAUGCCCUGAUUCCCCACUCCAUUCAGUUAACCAUUUUUGGUAGGACAGGACCGUUCAACUCAAUUGAAUUUUGAAUGCCACCAGUAACAAUUGAAAUGGUCUGUCUGAAGAGCCCAGAGUUUGAAUCCAAAUUAGGCCAAAUCUUAUAGAUUUUCACCUGAACAUGGCCAAUCACGGUCACAUUUCCUUUCAGCAGUCAGCUCAUAUCCAGCAGGCCACCGUAGUUUCAGGUGCCACACAAUUCACUGGCUGAACAUCAGACAAAGUCUUAUCCUUUAUUAUUUGACUCCCUUAUCACAUUGUGUCACAGAUAUGCAAUGUUUUUCUCUUUGCUGUGGAGCCUGGUCACCUCCAUCUGUGUGUGCCUGAAAGGCUCUUUGUGUGGAAGCCUGCUUUCGGUGUUUACUUAGCUGAGCGGCGUAUCGGUCAGCUCCUCAGUGAAAGACACACACAGUGCAGAGGCGCCGGCUGCAGUGACCGAGACUCAAAAGCAUCAAAGUCUCUUUGAUAUUCAGUAAAUAAGAAAUGUUCAAGUCUUACAUGCUUUAGGCAGUGUUCUUUAAGUUACAGCGGGAGAAGACGCUUCAAGAGAAAUGAAUAUCUGUGGCACUGCUGUUGUUUCAGUAAACAAUAUUGUUUUAUUCUGAUUAAUAUUAUUCCAUCUUUUUUUUUGUCUCUCUGUGCUUGGUUGGCAUGACUGUUUGCUUUGGUCAGUGAGAUAAAUGCAUCUUGUCAUCCUAA